AUGGACAAAAAUCUGUUUAUUAUUCACAACGUUGAAAAACACCCUUGCUUAUACGAUAAGCACAGAAAUGAUUAUAAAGAUAAUUUGAAGAAACAUCGUGCUUGGAAAGAAAUCGCAAAUAAAUAUGCAGAAUGUUUUCACGAAAGUGAAAGUGUUGACAGAAUUAAAUCUAGAUGGAAUUAUUUGAGAAAAUUGUAUAUGCAGUAUCACAAAACUGAUAAUAAAUACAUGCCUAGUGGCUCUGGUGCAAAGGAAGAUGCCAUCAGUUGGGAGUAUUAUAAUGAUAUGCAGUUCCUUGAUAGUCAUGUUAGGCAUAGAAGAACCCACAGUAAUUUCACAUAUGCAUCGUCAAAUGCAUUCGCACGUUCUGUUAGUGAUAAUAACAAGGAUGCACAAGAAAUAGAAGUGCUUGAUGACGUAGAUGAGCUUUAUAAUAUGGGAAAUGAAGAAAUGGAAAAUCAAAGUGAUGAAGUCAUAGAUGAAGAAGGGAUAAGAUUCGAUACAGAAAAUGAUGAAUUAUUGAAGUACGCCCAAAGUAUAGAGUCCAUGGCAACCCAAAUAAUUACGAAUCAAAAAAUAAAUAGUUUAAGUGGAUAUGAAAAAAUAAUCGUUGAUGCGUUUCGAAAAGUACCACAAACAAAAUUGCGAAUGAAGUUUGAUAAAAUAAUGGAUAUUAUAGAACAGAACGACGAACCUUAA